AUGCUGUCAUGGUCGUCAGCGCGGGCGGAGUGUCUGCCUCGGCGCACGACCCGCGGGGCACGCGCUCGCGCCGGGUGCGGCUGCUCGGCGACGUCGAGCGUGGUGCCCGACGGCUCAGGAGCCUUCUACCAUCAAUCACUACCACGGCUGCCACCGUCGGCGCCUUCGCUCGGGCUCUCCGAGGCCGCGUUCUGA